AUAACAAUUUUGCGAGCGCUAGCCUGAAAAUACACAAUUGGUAGGGGGAGUCGUAUACACAAUAGCUCCAUCCAUUUUCACUUGCUGAAAGUAGUGAAGAUAGAUAAACAACUGUACUCGUUCAUCAAAUUCUGAGUUUUCAUUCUCUCAGCCCUUAAGAUUUUUGGCAGAUUGAUUCAGGCGAGAGAAAAUGGGAGGAGAUGGUGGUCAUGUCGACGGAGGAGACUUUAGGUCGAAAGUGUGGACUAUGUCGGGUGGUCCCAACUGCCGUCCCAAGCACUGGCGUCGUAACACCGCCUUCGCUCUUGCCGGCAUCUUCCUCAUUUGUGUUCCCAUUGCCAUGAAAUCCGCCCAGCUUGAGCAACGACCUCAUGAUCCUGUCCGCCCCAUUCCAUCGCAGAUGUGGUGCAAGAACUUUGGGAACAAGGAUUAUUGAAGCUGCCUCAGUGCAUUAAUUCUGUACUGGCAAGUGUUUUUUAAUUUUGAAAUUCUGGACAUCUUUCUCUAUAAUAUUUUGCUCUGCAGCUGAGUAGCUUUGUAUGCUCACCUUUGAGGUAAUCUCAAUAAAAUUGAAAUUGAGUGGAUAAA